AUGUCUGACAAGAACACCUCCACCCUUCAGUCGUACAUCGACUCUGCCUCUGGCGCCGCUCAGUCUGCUCUGGGUUCGCUAAUCGGCAGCAACGCCGACAAGGUACACCCAGCCCCCUCCUACCCAAACAAAACACUAACACUCUCCUCANNGAACGCCGGCGAGAACAAGAAAGCCGAAGCCGACCUCAAGAACGACGCCUCGCACGCCGGCGCCAACAUCGGCGGCUACAGUGUAUCCGCCUCCGGCGUCGCCGCCAACGACCCCAACCGCAGCGCCGGCAGCUGGAACCAGACCCUCGGCUCAGGCAAGGAAGCUCUCGGCAACUUCGUCGGCAACGAGAGCUUGAAGCAGCAGGGAGCAGAGCAAAACGCACAAGGCAAAGAGCAAGAAGCCAAGGGCCAACUCAAUGAUUUGGGCUCGGGCAUUGCCGACCGUGUGUCUGGCACUGUUGGUGGUGCUGUUGCGGGCAUCACUGGCAAUGAGGCUGAUAAGGCAAAGUAUCAGGCCAAGCACGACGAGGGCAAGACUCAGCAGCGUGGUGUUGAGGCUGACCUCGACAAGCAGGCUAGAGCUUAA